AUGUCUCAUAAUAUAAAAAUUCUACCAGGAGCAACAGUUUGUGAAGACUGUACCUUAGAAGGUGAUAUAACAAUUGGUGGAGGCACUGUGAUACACCCAAGAGUAACUAUCAUUGCAGAAGGCGGACCUAUAAUUAUUGCUGAGUACUGUAUUAUAGAGGAAUAUUCUACUAUAAUACACAAAAAGUCAGAUAAACAAGAGAAUCCUCCCAAAGCACUAUUCAUUGGUGCUCAUAAUGUAUUUGAAGUUGGCUGCAGGUUAGAGUCGAUUUUUGGCCACAUUGGAGAAUACAAUAUUUUUGAAUGUCGGUCUUUUGUUGGGGCUGAUGUCAGAAUUGGCAGUGGGUGUGUUGUUGGCGCAGCAUGUUGUUUGACAGCACAACAAACAUUGGCUGACAACACAGUAAUAUGGGGCUCUCAACAUCACAUUAGAGAAGCAUUAGAAAAACAACCAUCUCAACUCCUACAGCUUGAUUUUCUUAGCAAAGUGAUGCCAAACUACCACAGACUACGAAAACCAAAUGUUCAUAAACGACAACCAUCAAGACAGUCUACAGAGCCUGCAAAAUAA